AUGGUUUCUGAUAAUGCAACCAACUUUCGCUCGGCAUCAAAAUACUUUCGUGAUGUUCAUAGGCACAUCAAUUCCGCUGAGCAUAAUCAUCAAGUGAGUGACUUUCUGGCGAAUAAGGGAGUUGAAUGGCACUUUAUACCAGCUCGCUCACCACAUCACGGUGGGCUUUGGGAAUCGGCAAUUAAGUCCGCGAAACAGCUGCUGGAAAAGACUGCAGGUAACCAAAUUUUCACCUAUGAGGAAUUGUCAACCUUUCUUGCUCAAGUAGCGGCUACAAUGAACUCGCAUCCGAUAACCCCAAUUUCCAAUGACGUACAUGAUCCGCAAGCUCUAACGCCUGCUCAUUUUUUGAUCGGACGACCCCUCACAACAAUUCCAGAGCUUAAUUUGUUAGAACGUCAGAUCAAUUCGUUGUCCAGAUGGAACCAUAUUCAGCGUUUAUCACAGGAAUUUCGAUCAAGAUGGCAAUCAGAAUACGUGCGGUCUCUUAAGCUUCUGACAAGGUGGCAACAAUCCGGUCGAAAUAUACCUGUAGGAGCGUUCGUCUUGCUUGCGAAGGAGGACGACAAACCGAAGCAGUGGCCUAUAGGCCGCAUCAUAGAGGCAUUCCCUGGACCCGACGGACACACUAGGGUGGUAUCGGUGAAAACCGCAACAGGCGUCGUUCGGCGUGAUGUGAGAAAACUUCGGGUUCUACCUUUGGACUAUGACGAGUACGUUCCAGGAAGACUAGGAGAGGAAAUUCCCGAGUGGAAUUUGGUGGGCGGCUUAUGUCGGUGCGAUACAUCUUAG